AUGCCAUCAAUCUUAACAAUCCCGGACGAGAUUCUUUGCCAUCUCUUGACUUUUGUAGAGGAUAUAGAUCUUCAGACAUUGGCCAUAACAUGUAAGCAAUUUCGUUGCAUCAUGAUGGACGGUCCACUUCGUCGCCAUAUCCUUCUCAAGCGUACGCCUGCUAGGCUUCAAUCUUCGCUUUCCGAUCGACCUUCACGCGACACAUUAGCGAAAAGAAAUAUCCUAAGGGGAGUCAAUAUCCGUCAGCAUAUUCAGGAAGGUAACUACAUUGGAGGACCUAUAGCAGUUCGAACAUAUCAUGUCUCCUGUCAAUUGGAGCGACAGCUGGUGAGCAUUCAAAUUUCAAAAAAGCUUAAAACCAGGCCGAACUGGGCAAUGUUGGUCGAACGAGGACUGAUUCCAGAAGAGAUGCUGGUCAGCCAAGAGAAUAUCUUUCAGCCAUUAUCCGGAUAUAGGUUUAUGUGUCAACCUGAUGAUGGAUCAUCCUUGAUACCAGGCUCAGUGUCGACAUUAGCACCAGCAGCAGUAACAGAAGAGGCACUUUAUCCAACCUACUUUUGUCUCCAGAAAAGCUCAUCAACAUUGUCCCCCAAUGUCAACUCGGACCCCCUGCACAUGGCUAUGGGCUGCCACCUGUUUCAUAUUCUUUGGAAGCGACACUCACCUAUGGAAUUGAAGCAGUCGCUCAAGAUUGUCUCAGUAUUGACUGACAGCCAUUUAAUACAUAAAGGAAAUAAACUAUUGCAAUGUUGUCGAGGAUUAAAGCUUAAUCUGAGUAUCAGACGACAGGACGCGUCAUUUUCGCAUGGACCGAUAUCAUAA